GUUGAUUGAUUGAUUGAUUGAUUGAUUGAUGGAUUGAUUGAUCGAUUGAGUGAUUGAGUGAUUGAGUGAUUGAUUGAGUGAUUGAUUGAUUGAUUGACUGAUUGAUUGAUUGACUGAUUGAUUGAUUGAUUGAUUGAUUGAUUGAUUGAUUGAUUGAUUGGUUGAUUGGUUGAUUGAUUAAUUGAUUGAUUGAAAGAGUGGGCGCCAUGUAGUGGCAGUGGAGGGGGACACAAAACUCCUCAACUUUCUGAAGACGUACAUCAUGCACGAGAUCAAUAGUGGAGUUCACAACUGUGACUUGCACAUCGGGCAAACCUCCAUCCAGCAUGAUCCCAACAGGAACUUCUGGUUCAAGCUGUCCUCCGAGAAACGGGCAAAGCUUUACAAGUUCCUCUUCCAGGACACACGUCCCUCAUACCGAACCGAUGAUGACUACAGACUGCGUCGACAAGUCGCGAUCGGAACUCUGGACGGCUACCAUGGUGGGUCAAGGGAGGCGGCGGCGAACUUCGUCGACAAACUGGAAGAGUGUUAUUUUGACCAAGGGAAGACUGAAGUCACUCUUAAUAUCUUCAGGGCACACUUCAAUGACGAGGAGGACUUCAACCCUAACGACGAUGAAGAGGUCAGCGUAGGUAAUACGGAGUUCGAUUUGGAGGCAACAUACCGCAAACAUGCUGCCGGUGUAGCAUUCUCGUCAAAGCCUGCAAGUUCCCAGAUUCCCGUGGGUUCGCCUCUCGGCACUCCAGUUGUCACGCCAGUCGCUACGCCAACGUCCGAUUCUUCAAAAGGAUUUUUGUCGUCGAGGAGAAGACCACUCAGCCCCACCGUCAGGCCGGGAUUUCCAAUUCCGCUGCCCGUGCUGUCGGGUCUUCUACCAGGCAAAAUAUACCACUUCGGCAAAGACCACAGGAGCACCAGCGAGGCUGAAUGGGGUCACCACAUAGUGUGGCAUCCUGAUUAUUUCCAACCGGCCGUUCUGGAUGGUGAAUGGGUCAUGAGCAAAGUCAAUGAUGACGGUGUGUGGGAAGUUGAUGCGCGCAUGUCAAAGGAAGAUUUCUUACAAGUUGCCAAUGAGGAGGUGGUACGGCGCAUUGCGGAGAUUAACUCCCUAGAACCGGAGAAUUCGGUGGUCGUAUGGCAUGGACAGUCCAUAUUCGAAAUUUUACGGGAUCCCAAUUCGUUGGAGCUCCUUGCUGAUUUUUACGGACCCGAGACGAGCCCGAGUUACGGAGUCCAAAUAGAGUGGGUGAUUUCGUCGGGAGGUGGUGGGACCGGCGGUGGUGGAGGGGGUGGAAUCGACGGUGGUGGAGGGGGAGGAACCGGCAGUGGUGGAGGGGGUGGAACCGGCAGUGGUGGAGGGGGUGGAACCGUCAGUGGUGGCGGAGGUAACCAGGGCAUGCGAGGAGCGGGGGGCGACGACCGUACAGGAUCGGGGGGCCGCGGCGGUACAAGAUCAGGGGGCCGCGGCGGUACAAGAUCGGGUGGGCAAAGUGGGUAUCAGCCAAGCUCUGCACGAACAAUCCCGCCUGGAAUGGGUGCCCGUCUAACAGUAGAAGGGGCCGCCUCACAGACCAGCGCGGGUUCUCGACUUGUUGAACCCACCGCUGCCCUAUUGUUCAAUGGAGGAUGUAUCCACCCCACAAUCAGGACCGGAGUUUUUGCAUGUUCCAAACAGCUCGGUGUCGGGUCUGUCCCAUGCACAGUUUCUGCGGGAUCUAAUUUCGCCUCAGACUUGGAAGGGGAAGUGGGAUCCAUAAAGUCUGUGGAGUCCGAACUGAUGCCGCACGUCGACGCAGGGUGUCUUUCCAUCAGCUGCGAGGCCAGCAUCCCUGGAGCGAAGAGCCUAUCCGCCAGUGGAGGAUCAAUCCUCCCGACAGCAAGUCAGGCUGGAGAGACCCACGCAGGAAGCCACGAUGUUUCUGCCAGUGGAGGAUCUAUCCUCCGCAAGCCAAGUCAAACUGGGCAAACAACAAGUCGGGCUGCGGAUGCAGGAGAAACGCAAGCAGGAAGCCUGCCCGUAAGUGCCCCGGAUGUUCAGAGCCUUCGAGACAGUGGAGGAUUUGUCCUCCGCACAACAAGCCAGGACAGAGGAGCCUCUGGAUUGCUAACCCCUGUCCAGAAAAGUUCAGCGUGGAAUCUCAGUCCUCCACGGGGAGAGAUUACAAAGGACCAACAAAGCAAGUCCAGUGGCUCCGACUCAACAUAUUUUUCGGAGGAUAAGGACGUCAUAGACGAGACUGUGGAAAUGCAGGCGACUUCUCCUCGUGACGUGAGAUGCGGUGGUACGGAUGACGACUUUCUCUUGCAGUUGUAUUCAGGAAUCGACACAAGACCGCUUUCAGUGGACAAUUUCGUUUGUGGCGACUCAACCCAGGCGCUUGACAUGCGGCCCUCACAACUGCCUGUAGUAAUACUCGUGUCAGGUCCGUGCGUGGAGGAGAAAGACGUCACCAUGUCGGAACAAGAAGAAGGGGUCACGGUUGUUUAUCAUCCGUUGGGUGAUGACAUCGCCCGAAAUCUUUUUCACGAUGACGAAGACCUUGCUGCCACCGCAUCUGUGGUGGAUUCCAAUCCAGGCAAGACUGCGGGCGUCGGGAAAGCUCUCGCGGAACUGUCUCUCGAUGAGGAUGUUGGACAACAGCGUGCCGACUCUCUUAGUCCCUCUGUUGAAGAGGUCGUUCGAAUCGUCAACGCUGACCUCGACGACUUGUCCAAGUUCCCAGCCCGUCUGGAGCUCGUUGUUGCAUCGGGGAAUAUCAAAGGAGCAAGGGUAGUGCUAGGUCUGAAAGUCAGCUGCGUACAGGAGGAGGUGCCACGAGUUCAAGAUGAAUACGAGGACGAUAAUGGUGGACAUGCUCGAAAAGAAGCUGUGACCGGUAAGCAGUGACUUUCAUUGCUUAACUUUGGGUCUCUCUAGUGCUGAACAUCUAGAGUGUUCUUUCACAUGUGGAUAGCGGUUAGGGAUAUAUGGAACAUGAGGGUAAUUGCCCGUUGCCCCUUGGUUUGCGAAGCGCGGCCGUACGCUGUAUUCAUAAUUAUGUUUCUUCAUCUUUUGUACAGGGUUGUAAAGGGGCGACAAGAUGGACGAAAGAUGUCAAUCUUUUCGAAUAUGACGUCUUGCUCAUCCCUAUUCACAAGGACAACGAAAACUGGGCUCUAAUUACGGUAGAUUUUAGAAAGAGAGUUGUACAGUACGUUGAUUCUUAUUAUAGUGCAGUGUGCGACGCUUCAUUUGCUUCAAAUGCUUGUAGAGCGGUUCUGCAGCACCUGAAUGAAGAGGCAAUGAUAAG